CAAUUUUUUCACCGACCCAUGAAUGCUUCAAUCCGCUCUCACUUCAAAAAAGAGACAAAAGCAGCGCAUGUUCCAAGUUCUUGGAUGCUCGCUAGUCUCCGCCCCCCUUUUCUCUCUCUCCUCUCUCUGCCUCCCGACAUUUUCCCUCCUGUUGUUACCCAAACUCUGAAAUAAAAAAGCAAAACCUAAAUCCUCAGCGAACUCCAAAUUCGAAGGGGGCCAAGUUUCGAAGUAUGAGGUCGAUGUUUGGAUUCCGUGGGGGCUCGACGCCGCCUCAGUCCAAGGAGCCCGAAUCUUCUUCUUCAAGAUCCAUCAACUCCCGAAACCCUAGCGCCGCUCCAAGCCCUAACCCUAGUUUCUCGUCGACCUCGUCGGUGGGGCCCGCGAGGCUGCGGCUAGUGUACUGCGACGAGAAGGGGAAGUUUAUAGGUGAUCCGGAGGCGGUGGCGACCCUUCAGCUGGUCAAAGGCCCCAUCGGAGUCGUCUCGGUCUGCGGCCGCGCUCGACAGGGGAAGAGUUAUAUCCUCAACCAGCUUCUAGGAAGGAGUAGUGGAUUUCAAGUAGCUUCCACACAUCGACCAUGUACCAAGGGUCUUUGGAUGUGGAGCGCACCAAUUAAGAGAACGUCUCUUGAUGGAACUGAGUACAAUCUUGUUCUAUUGGAUAGUGAGGGAAUUGAUGCCUAUGAUCAGACGGGAACAUACAGCACACAGAUUUUCUCAUUGGCUGUCCUGCUAUCAAGCAUGUUCAUCUAUAAUCAGAUGGGUGGCAUAGAUGAGGCUGCGCUUGAUCGUUUAUCUCUAGUCACAGAAAUGACUAAACAUAUUCGUGUUAGAGCCUCCGGUGGUAGGACUACAGUGUCAGAGCUUGCACAAUUUUCACCUGUUUUUGUUUGGCUUUUGAGGGAUUUCUAUUUGGAUUUAGCUGAAGACAAUAGGAAAAUUACUCCACGUGAUUACCUUGAGUUAGCAUUGAGACCGAUGGAAGGUGUGGGACGAGAUAUGUCUGCAAAGAAUGAGAUUCGCGAAUCAAUCCGUGCUUUAUUUCCUGACAGAGAAUGUUUUACCCUAGUGCGGCCUUUGAACAAGGAAAAUGAACUUCAACGUCUGGAUCAAAUCCCUCUAGACAGAUUGCGUCCGGAAUUUAGAUCAGGACUUGAUGCGUUAACUAAGUUUGUGUUUGAGAGGACCAAACCUAAACAAGUAGGAGCUACUGUUAUGACAGGUCCCAUUCUAGCUGGUAUUACACAGUCGUUCUUGGAUGCUAUUAAUAAUGGUGCUGUGCCUACUAUAUCUUCAUCCUGGCAGAGUGUUGAAGAGGCAGAAUGUCGUAGGGCAUAUGAUUCUGCUACUGAGGCAUACACUUCAUCUUUUGACCGCACGAAGCCAGCAGAGGAGGCUGUUCUUAGAGAAGCACACGAAGUUGCGGUUCAAAAGGCACUUGGUGUUUUUAAUUCCAGUGCUGUUGGAACGGGCUCAGCACGUCUAAAUUAUGAAAAACUUCUUCACAACUUCUUUAAAAAGACAUUUGAGGAGCACAGAAGGAAUGCUUUCCUGGAGGCAGAUUUCCGUUGCUCUACCACCAUACAGAGCAUGGAAACAAAGUUGAGAGCUGCAUGUCAUAUUCCUGAUGCAAAACUUGAUAAUGUGUUGCGGGUCUUGGAUGAUGUGGUCUCUGAUUAUGAAUCGUCAUCUUAUGGUCCUGGAAAGUCGAAGAAAUUGGCUGAUUUUUUGCAGAAGUGUUUGGAGGGACCUAUAUUUGACCUUUUCAAGAAGCAGUUGGACAAAUUAGAAUCUGAAAGAAGUGCUCUUAGAUUGAAGUUCACCUCAAGUGAAGACAAGUUGGCAUUGCUUAAGAGGCAACUAGAGGCAAAUGAGAAGCACAGAGCUGACUAUUUGAAACGUUAUGAGGAAGCUGUUAGCGAUAAGCAGAAAAUUUCUGAGGACUACUCUGCUCGUAUCUCCAACUUGCAGGGAAAAUGCAGCACAUUGGAAGAGCGCUGUUUGAGUUUAUCAAAAGCACUUGAUCUUGCCAAACAUGAAUCUUUUGAGUGGAAAAACAAGUAUGAUAAUGUAUCUUCAGAGGUAAAGGCAGAAGAAGAAAAGUUUCAUGCUCAAGUUGUGGCUCUAGAGUCGAGGAUAAGUGUUGCUGAAGGGAGGCUAGCAGCUGCUAAAGAACAGGCAAAGUCUGCUCAAGAAGAGGCAUUAGAGUGGAAAAGAAAAUAUGACCGUGCUGUUGAUGAAGCUAAAACGGGCCGUGAGAGAGCAGCAAUGGCACUUGAGCAAGCUAAUAGGAAGGCUCAAGAACGUGAGGAUAUUCUACGAGCUGAAUUAUCUCUAAAGUUGGCAGAAAAGGAGGAUGAGGUCAAGCAUUUGACUUCAAAGGUUGACCAGAUUGAGAACCAUGCGAGUAGUUUGAUUUCAAAGUUGGCGACUGCUGAAUCCAAACUGAGGAGCCAUGAGGUGGAAACUCUAGCCUUAAAAGAAAAAAUCAAGAUUGUAAAUGAAAAGCUAGAGUUUGUCAACAGUAAAGCCCACUCACAGGAGAAAGAAGUCAGAAUUUUAGAGCAGGAAAAGAGGCAUCUCCAGGAAAAAUACCUUUCUGAGUGCAAGAAAUUCGAUGAAGCAGAUAAAAGGUGCAAGGAUGCUGAAAGGGAAGCAAAGAGAGCAGUUGAGCUCGCCGAUACAGCUCGUGCUGAAGCAGCUGCUGCUCAAAAGGAGAAGAGCGAAGCUCAGCGGUUGGCAAUGGAAAGAUUGGCACAAAUCGAGAGAGCUAAAAGGCAAGUCGAGAGCUUGGAGCGAGAAAAGGCCAAACUGAUGCAGGAAGCAGAGAGGUUGCGUCUCUCUGAACUAGAAGCUGUAUCAAAAGUUUCACAACUUGAGUCACGGGUCGAUGAAAGGGAGCGAGAAAUUGAGGAAAUGUUGAAUCAGAACAAUGAGCAAAGAUCCAGCACAGUUCAAGUCCUUGAGAGUCUUUUGGCCACAGAAAGAGCAGCUCUCACAGAGGCUAACAGUAGAGCAGAGGCCCUUUCGUUACAACUCCAAGCUACUCAAGGAAAACUUGAUGCUCUUCAGCAAGAGCUGACAUCAGUGAGACUCAAUGAGACUGCACUUGAUAGUAAGCUGAAGACUGCUCGAGGAAAGAGAUUUAGAACGGAUGAUCAUUUAGGCGCAGAGUCUGUGCAUAAUUUGGAUCAUGAAGACGAGGGAAGGGGUAAAAAGAGGUCAAAGAGUACUACUAGUCCAUUAAAGUACAAUCAGACUGAAGAUGGUGGUUCUGUCUACAGAGGGGAUGAUAAUAUAAACCCGAGUCAGGAUAAUACUGAAAAUGAGUCUGAAGACUAUAAAAAGUUGACUGUGAUUCAACUGAAACAGGAGCUUACGAAGCACGGGUUUGGUGGGCAUCUGCUGCAGCUGAAGAACCCUCUUAAGAAAGAAAUUUUUGCUUUGUAUGAAAAGCACGUACUCAAGAAAUGAGUUUAGAGAAACUAAUACCACUGAACAUACAGCAUAGUUGCGGUUAGUAGUAUCAGAGCUUUGUGAAUGUAUUGUUAGGAUACUAGCAUCUUUGCUUUGAGGUUUUGGGGGUGUACAGCCAAUUCGGUGUUUGCUGUGGGCUAUGGUUUUCUUACUUCUUGUUAAAUUUAUACGUAAUUGGCUGAAAAUGAUUGCUUCUUGUCCAUUCAAAUAUGUGCAGGAUUGUUUGUGAUCUUGGUUUGUAAGCAGGUUCGACGACUUUCGUUUGUUUGCUUCAUCUGAUCAUAGUAUGCAACUAGAUUUUACUUCGAUUU